AUGGCUGAAGCGCACUCAGCCGUUGCGUUUUCAUUCGCGAUCACUCAUGACGGGUGGGAUGUAAAUUUUGAUCGCGAAGUACUUUAUCUGGUCUGGGAAUCAGGUAUACGAUCUUGGAAGAAACGGCUAGCUCGCUUCAGAAAUAGUGUACACAAUGGCGUUUACCCGGGACAUCUACAGUCCCUCUACGUACUGUGGACACUACUUGCGGCUGCGCAUUUCGCGGGAUUUAGUGUACCAUUUGGAUUAGUACAAAAAGCGUUAUCUGUUUUACCUGGCAACUCCACGAUGUGGCAGGUCAUCGCUUGUUUACUGGCAGCUCUUACCAUGUGGCUUAGUGUGAUAUUUCUCAUGAGAUACCUUCUCAAACUGCUAUUAAUGUACAAGGGUUGGAUGUAUGAAUCUCGCGCCCCAGGAUCGAAGAUUUCAUUGAAAACGAUGCUGUGGAUUAGUGUGGUUAAAGUAUUAUCCGGGUGGAACAAACCCAAAUUGUAUAGCUUUCAAGGAUCGUUACCAAGACUACCGCUACCUGCUGUUAAGGAUACUAUGAAACGGUACCUGAUUAGUGUUCGUCCCCUAUUAGACGAUGAGAACUAUAAGAGAGUAGAAAGAUUAGCUAAGGAAUUUGAAGAAACUAUUGCUGUAAAACUACAAAGAUAUUUGGUGCUAAAGUCAUGGUGGUCCAGCAACUACGUCUCCGAUUGGUGGGAGGAGUACGUGUACCUGCGCGGUCGCUCACCUCUGAUGGUCAACUCAAACUUCUACGGAACUGACGCCAUUUUAUUGAGACCGACUAACAUUCAGGCCGCAAGGGCUGGUGUUAUCAUCCAUUUGUGCCUCAAGUUCAGGAGACUUAUUGAUAGACAGGAGCUUGAACCGAUUAUGCUACAGAAUAUGGUGCCUCUAUGCUCGUGGCAAUACGAACGCUUAUUCAACACGGUCCGUGUCCCUGGCAUUGAACGCGACAAGAUCGUGCAUUAUCAGGACUCGACCCACAUCACUGUCUACCAUAAAGGUAGAUACUACAAAGUGCUCGUGUAUUCAAGAGGACGCCUGUUGAAACCAGCUGAAAUUCAAAUACAAAUCCAACAAAUUCUGGAUGAUAAAUCGGAACCUGUCGUGGGAGAGGAACGCGUGGCGGCGCUGACAGCGGGUGAGCGGUCGCACUGGGCACAUAUCAGGCAGACCAUGUUCAAUAGAGGACAUAACCGGACCUCCUUGCACUGCAUCGAACGAGCCGCCUUCAACGUAUGCUUAGAUGACCUUGAGUACGGCUAUGACGAAAAAGAUCCCUCGAAACUGGACGAGUUCGGUCGAGUUCUGUUGCACGGAAAGGGCCACGACCGAUGGUUCGACAAGUCGUUCAACUUAUGCUUCAGCAAAAACGGUUUCGUUGGAUUUAACUCUGAACACACAUGGGCAGACGCACCUGUUAUGGGCCACUUAUGGGAAUACGUCAUUUGGUGCGAAUUGGAAGUCGGGUACGGACCUGAUGGCAACACGUUGGGCACGGUCGACUCUCCUCCACCGGCUCCAAUUCGUUUACAAUGGGACCUUGGCAAUGAGGACCUUCUCAAGAGCGUUGACGUUUCCUACAACGUGGCUCAGAAACUAUUGAAUGAUGUUGACUUGAGAAUAUUAAUGUACACCAAAUACGGAAAAGGUUUCAUGAAGAGCUGCCGUGUGUCUCCGGACGCUUUCAUCCAGUUAAUCCUUCAGUUGUCGUACUACCGUGACGCUGGCCGAUUCUGUUUGACGUACGAGGCGUCAAUGACUCGCUUGUUCCGUGAGGGCCGCACAGAAACCGUCCGGUCCUGUACCAUCGAAAGCUCUGAAUGGGUCAAGUCCAUGGAGAACCCAAAUGCCACGAUUCAAGAGCGAAUGGAUCUGUUCGUUAAAGCUAGCCACCGCCAUCAAUUGGGCUACCAAGACGCCAUGGCGGGCAGAGGCAUCGACCGUCAUCUCUUUUGUCUUUAUGUCGUCUCGAAAUAUCUCGAACUUGAAUCACCCUUUCUGCAGGAGGUCUUCAAUGAACCGUGGCGACUAUCGACAAGUCAAACACCACACGGUCAAACAUCAAUGUUGGAUUUAAAGAAACACCCGAAGUGUGUGAGCGCUGGCGGUGGUUUUGGUCCUGUGGCAGAUGAUGGCUAUGGAGUCUCCUACAUCAUCGUCGGAGAAGACCUGCUCUUCUUCCAUGUUUCCAGCAAGAAGAGCUGCCCAAUCACGAGCUCAUCGAAUUUCGUGAAGCAAAUCGAGCGAUCUUUGAAAGAUGUUCAAGACUUGUUUAAUGAAUAUAAAAAACUCAAAAACGGAAUCAAGAAUAACAAGUAG